UGAAAACCACUGGGCUAUGGGGAAAUCAUUGUAGGCUUGGUGUCUUGGAAAUAUGGAAUCGAUCUCAAUGAUGGGAAGCCCCAAGAACCGCAAUGAAACCUUCUUACCAAAUGGUGUCAAUGGUAUCAAGGAUGCCAGUAAGAUCCCUGUAGGCAUAAUUGGAAGUGGAGACUUUGCCAAGUCCCUGACCAUUCGGCUUAUCAGAUGUGGAUACCAUGUGGUCAUAGGAAGCAGAAACCCCAAAUUUGCUGCUGAGUUCUUUCCACAUGUGGUUGAUGUCACUCACCAUGAAGAUGCAGUAGCCAAAACUAACAUAAUUUUUCUUGCCAUACACAGAGAACAUUAUGCCUCUUUGUGGGACCUGAAGCAUCUACUUGUUGGUAAAAUUCUUGUUGAUGUUAGCAACAAUACAAGGGUAGAUCAGUAUCCAGAAUCCAAUGCAGAGUAUUUGGCAUCACUUUUUCCAGAUUCCUUCAUUGUCAAAGGAUUUAAUGUAGUGUCAGCCUGGGCGCUACAGUUAGGACCCAAGGAUGCCAGCAGACAGGUCUAUAUAUGCAGUAACAAUGUACAAGCUCGCCAUCAAGUCAUUGAACUUGCUCAUCAGUUGAAUUUUAUUCCCAUUGAUUUGGGAGCAUUGUCAGCAUCAAGGGGGAUUGAAAACUUACCUCUACGACUGUUCACACUGUGGAAAGGGCCAGUAGUGUUGGCUAUUAGCCUGGCCACUUUUUUCUUCAUCUACUCCUUCAUCAGAGAUGUGAUACAUCCAUAUGUGAGAAAUCAGCAGAGUGACUUUUACAAGAUUCCCAUUGAGAUUGUGAACAAGACUUUACCAGUUGUUGCUAUCACGUUGUUGUCUCUGGUGUAUUUAUCAGGACUCCUGGCAGCUGCUUAUCAGCUUUACUAUGGCACAAAAUAUAGGCGAUUUCCUGCUUGGCUGGAGAGUUGGUUGCAAUGUAGAAAGCAGCUUGGUCUACUCAGUUUUUUCUUUGCUACGGUACAUGUGGCUUACAGCCUCUGCUUACCUAUGAGGAGGUCAGAACGAUAUUUGUUUCUCAAUAUGGCUUAUCAGCAGGUUCAUGCAAAUGUUGAAAAUUCUUGGAAUGAGGAAGAAGUGUGGCGAAUCGAAAUGUAUAUCUCCUUUGGAAUAAUGAGCCUUGGGUUGCUUUCUUUGCUGGCAGUAACAUCCAUCCCUUCAGUGAACAGUGCCUUAAACUGGAGGGAAUUCAGUUUUAUUCAGAGGUGCAUCUGCAGGGAGACCUAACCAGCAUGAGACAGUAAGACAUACACAAGUCAUGUAAUCUCCAUUAAAUUCCUGAAAGGUGUCACCAUUAAUGAAAUUAUUUGUUUUGUUACUUCUGGUCAUUCAUCACUGUGGUCAUUGAUACAAAGUAUUAGGCUUAAGGCAGACAAGAUUUAUUUGGGUAAAUAUGAUAUCUUUUAUGAGACAAACUGAAUAGUUGGGAAAAUUGUUUUUUACAAGCUUUCAGGCACAAGCACCCUUCUUCAAGCAUAAGGAGAGUCUGCUAGUCUUUGUUUGCUCUUGCUUAUUAGACAUGUCUCUUCUGGGAGACAUCCUGAUAAUGUACGUACAAAAAGUGUGUAUUUUAUUAGGGUUUUGUGCCCAGUAGAAGUCUUGUCUGAUUAAGAUCUCCUGGAUAUACCCAUCAUAGUUAUAGUGCCUUUUUCUUAGUCCUGUCACUAUUGGCCGAUUCCUACUCACAUAAUAUACUGCUUUAAUAUUUGCUUUACAAAUUAGAGACAUUUUAAGGGGAGGAACACUUCACUGAAUGCAGGUAUUCUGCCUGUAGGGGAACACCUCCCACUCUCUCCUUUUAUAUUUUGACCAUUUGGGGAUUGCAAAUGAAACCUAUUAGGAAAGAUUGCUGAAGCAGCCAUUGCAUUGCAUGGAUAAAGUAUCAAAGUAGUGUUUCUCAUGGCUGACCUGGCUGUUCCUCUCCCAGA